CACGGAUCUGAGGCAGUAUUUCAGUUGCUCUCAAACGUUACGGACACACAGAGAAAAACUAUAAACAUGCUCAGUCUAUUCGUGUUGUCUCUGGUCGCGGCUGCAUCAGCUGGCGUCGUCCACGAUGGGAAGUGUCCAGAGCUGAAGGCUGUAGAAAAUUUUAACCUGACAGGAUACGUCGGCACCUGGUACGAGAUCUCCAAGUUCGCGACCCCUGACGAGAAGAACGGCAAGUGUGCCGCCGCAGAAUACAACCUCGAUGGGGAGGCUGUCAAGGUCAAGAACACGCACGUGGUGGACGGCGUCCAGGUCUACAUCGAGGGCAGCGCCAAGCUGGCUCCAGAUGCGAACAAAGCCGCCAAGCUCCUGGUUUCUCUGAAUGUUGGAGAGGUCCCCCGCGAGACCCCCCUGAGCGUGGUCGCCACCGACUACGAGCACUACGCCAUCGCCUACAACUGCAAGUUUGACGAGGCCAAGAAGAGCCAUUCAGAUUCUCUAUGGGUGCUGUCCAGGACAAAGAGGCUAGAAGGUGCUGCCAAGACCGCCGUUGAAGACUUCUUCAAGGCAAACAAGGAGCUUGAUGCCACCAAACUGAUCGAGACUGACUUCUCUGAAGACGCUUGCAAAUUCACCCAAUCCAAACCCUGGGCACCAGUGAAGGCUUAAAAACAUCCGUCGACUCUACUUAAUGAAGACUAAGCAAUUCAGCCAGUACAAAUUAAACACCUUGAAAAUGAUUGGAAAGACAAUUUGAAUGUAUUUUUUAUACUCAAUGUAAAGUUGUUGUAACUUUUUGUUUUCAAGUAAAAUUAAAUUUCAACUUUGAACAUGCUAAAACUGAUACACCCAUUGCGGUGAUAAAGAACAACAUAAUUAAUUUAUAAUAACUUUAUUUAAUAGAUAAUAAAUACAAUUUUGUGGUA